ACAACAGAAUAAAGUGACAUAUUUAUAUAAAAUUGUCACAAUUUAAUAUUAACGUAAAUUAUCUAAAUUUUAAUAGUUUCAAUUAUACAACUCUAAAAUGGGUAAAGAUAACGCUGCGGACGAUACUAAAUCGAGAAUUACAAUUAUGAAACCAAAAGCUGAACCUUGCAAUUUACGCAUUCAUGAGCUCGCAAAACCAAGAACGAUACUUUUGCUAUGUUUAUGGUAUCAAUACAGACAUUUUUUAACGCCAGAAAAAUGUCGGAAAUUAAAGCAAACAUUACAAGAAGACUACAGUAUGAGUCCAGAAGAUGCUGAAAGAUAUUUCCAAGAAAUCAAUGACAAGAUUGAGAAAAUAGCAGAAAGGAGAAAACAAAAGAUUCUUUCGCGAAAAAGAUGGAAGAAAAAGGUAGAUCAGUGUGAGAGAAAGAGAGGUUAUCGGUUCUUUAGAGCUUUCUUAGAAAAAGCGUUGAGGCUAUCUUAUCAAAAUCCUGUUCCCCCUCUUAUCCCUUCACGAUUAAAGAACGUCAUGGACAUUGUUCUAGAGCAAUUGUGCGAUUUACUUAAAAUGGACAUUCCAAAUGAGGAAUGUAUGACAAAAGAAGGCGAAUUCAUAGUGUCGCUUGCAUAUAAUAUUGCAGCGGUAAUCGAAAAUACUUCCUACGAAGUAAACGCUCAAAAGAAUUUGGAGUUAGAAGAAAUUGAAAAGCAAGAAAAUAUAUUGAAAGAAGAAGAAGCCAAUAAAGGGGACAAAGAACAAGUAGUCAAAGUUACUAAUUUUUAGAAAUAAAUGACCAAGUACCAUUUCUUUCUUUAAUAAGAAUACACUAUUUAUACGAUUUUAUUGAAGUAAAAUACAAAUUUUGAAUAUGUUGAUA